CACCUUGAUUUUGAGGAAGAGUAGUGUGAGGAGGCAGUGUGAGGAGGCAGAGUGAGGCGGCUGCAGCACCACAGUAGCCACACCCCUGCGCCUCACCGGGCCACACACCAGUCAGUGAACAUCAUAAACGCGGAAUUUCUCUAUCUGGAGUUGGGAGUGAUUACGAUAACGUGGUUGUUAUAGUGAACAGCAGUGUAUCGUGGCAGGUGACGGGAGUAGGGCGCACCGAGCAGCGACUUGUGAUGGUUAAACUAUGGCAGGUUGAGAGAGUGAACGAGAGGUCAGUCGAGGAAUCGAACCAAGAGGCGCUCACGACCCUAGACGAUCAACCACGCGUCACCGAGGAGUUCAGACAGAGACUGGAGCAGAGGAUCCAGCAGGAGCAGCGGCAGAAGAGCAGCGGCGGAGGGCCCGGGCGCUCAUCACAACACUUCCAGCAGUUCGAGGAGGCGUCCAGGAAGAUGGCGCGCGGGAACCAGCUGCCCAGGUCCCGACGGGACGAGAGUGACAAGCACAGCUACGACGGUGACAGUGAUGACGGCGGUGGAUGUGGAGGCUGCCUGGCGACGCUGAUCCAGUGGCCGGUCAUCAUCGCUGCCGGAAUCAUCAUCCCGGUCUUCGGCUUCGCCUUCAUCAUCAUGGGAGCCUUAAAUAUUAAUCGUUGUAAAAUUGAGCCAAUGAUCCCAAUUUGGCUCAUUGUUCAAGGUGUGGUGAUGGUGUUUGGUAUAGGUAUUGGGGGCGCCGCCAAGCACAGCUCCAGCAAGGGUCAAGUCUCACUCCCAGUAAAGGUCGUCGGCUUUGUCGUCUCCGUGGUCACUGUCGUCUGGUUCGCUACAGGGAACUUCUGGGUGUACCAAGCCUGGGGCCAGACUCCGGACUACGCCCAUGACUGGUUUGAGAACGGCUGCAACAAGAGCCUCUAUAACCUGGCCUUCGUCGGCGUCAUCGUCCUCGACGCCCUCUUCAUCAUCUCCGCUAUCGUCGGAUGCAUCGCCUUCGUCCUCCGGGGCUGCAAAUUCAGAUAGAUGGUGACAGGGGCGGGAGAGGUGGCUGGGUGGAUGACGUUUGGGUGUGGCUCUACCAUCAGCAUGGCUGGGUGGAUGAUGUGUUGUGUCUCCACAACCAGUUCCCACUAACCUCGGCCACAACCAGAUCCCACUAACCUGAACCACAACCAGAUCCCACUAACCUGAGCCACAACCAGAUCCCACUAACCUGAGCCACAACCAGAUCCCACUAACCUGAGUCACAACCAGUUCUCACUAACCUGAGCCACAACCAGAUCCCACUAACCUGAGUCACAACCAGAUCCCACUAACCUGAGUCACAACCAGAUCCCACUAACCUGAGCCACAACCAGUUCCCACUAACCUGAGCCACAACCAGUUCCCACUAACCUGAGCCACAACCAGUUCCCACUAACCUGAAUCACAACCAGAUCCC